GUACUUCCUAACAGGUCCUUGAAAAUGGAGCUAGCCUGGAAUUCAGUCUUUAUUGUCCUCCUGAGCUUUUCGUGCUGGGGGUUAGAUUGGGAAUCUGAUAGAAAAUUCAUUUCAGCUGCUGGUCCUCUCACCAAUGACUUGCUAUACAACCUGAGUGAUCCACUGGGAAACCAGCGUUCUAAUUUUGCAGCAGAGGACAGAAGCAUUUAUGUUUGUCGCCAACCACUGCCCGCUUUCCUGCCGAAGUUCUUUAAUAGUGUUCGUGCCAGUAAGAUCACCCAUUACAAAGUAUUUCUUCCAUGGGCACAACUUCUCCCAACAGGAAGCUCCAAGAACCCAGACAGCAAAACAGUGCAGUGCUACCGGCAACUCCUUGAGACUCUCAAGACCGCACAGCUUCAGCCCCUGGUCGUUCUGCAUCACCAGACCCUUCCUGCCAGCACCGUCCAGGGAAGAGAAGUCUUUGCUGAUCUCUUUGCGGACUAUGCCACAUUCGCCUUCCACUCCUUUGGGGACCUGGUUAAGAUCUGGUUCACGUUUAGUGACUUGGAGGAGGUGAUAAAAGAGUUUCCACACCAGGAAUCAAGACCUUCACAUCUCCAGACCCUCACUGAUGCCCACAGAAAAGCCUAUGAGAUUUACCAUGAAAAAUAUGCUUCUCAAGGCGGAAAACUCUCUGUGGUCCUGCGAGCUGAAGCAGUUUCGGAGCUCCUGCUGGAACCGUCCACGUGUGCUCUUGCCAAGGGCACCGUCGAUUUCCUCUCUCUUGAUUUGUUUUAUGAAUGCCAAAGUGAGGCAAGUUUGCCACAGAAGUUGAGUAAAUUGCAGAAUGUUGAGCCAAAAGUAAAAAUUUUCAUCUUCAAUCUAAGAUUCCAGGACUGCCCCUCCACCAGGAAGAAGUCAGCCAGACUGCUCUUCAGCCUUCUCGAGGCCAUAAAUAAAAGCCAAGUGAUCACCAUUGGGUUUGAUCUCAAUACUUUCCUGAGCUGUUCAAGUUCCAAGAAAAGCGGGCCCUGCUCUCGGACAGACAGCGCGCCCCUCCAGACUGCCGCGCAGCCUGCCCUAGGGACCGCAGCAGGUUCCUCCUCGCCGCGGGGCUCCGCCUACCGGAGAGUCUGGGGAACAUUUGCCAACCAAUCCACAGCAGAAAGGGACGCUUUCCUGCGGGAGGAUUUCCCCAAAGGCUUCCUCUGGGGCGUCUCCACGGGAGCCUUUAACGUGGAAGGAGGCUGGGCCGAGGGCGGAAGAGGGCCGAGCGUCUGGGACCACCUGGGUCGCCGGCACGCCUCCGAGGGCGCAGCAACACCGGAGGUGGCCAGUGACAGCUACCACAAGGUGGACACCGAUGUGGCCCUGCUUCGCGGCCUCCAAGCUCACGUCUACAAGUUCUCCAUCUCCUGGUCCCGCAUCUUCCCCACGGGGCUCGGGCCCGGACCCAGCCGCCAGGGCGUCUCCUACUACAGCAGGCUCAUCGACAGCCUGCUGGACGCGCGCAUCCAGCCCAUGGCCACGCUCUUCCACUGGGACCUGCCCCAGGCCCUGCAGGAGCGCGGCGGGUGGCAGGACGACAGUGUGGUGGACGCCUUCCUGGACUACGCGGCUUUUUGCUUCGCCACCUUCGGGGACCGCGUGAAGCUGUGGGUGACCUUCCAUGAGCCGUGGGUGAUGAGUUACGCGGGCUACGGCACGGGCCGACACGCACCGGGCAUCUCCGACCCGGGUGUGGCCUCUUUCAAGGUGGCUCACUUGGUCCUCAAGGCUCAUGCCAGAGUUUGGCACCACUAUAAUAGCCACUAUCGUCCACAGCAGCAGGGACGUGUGGGCAUUGUGUUGAACUCAGACUGGGCAGAACCUCUGUCCCCAGAGAGGCCUGAGGACCUGAGUGCCUCUGAACGCUUCUUGCACUUCAUGCUGGGCUGGUUUGCACACCCCAUCUUUGUGGAUGGAGACUACCCUGCUGCCCUGAAGGCCCAAAUCCAACAGAUGAACCAACAGUGCCCCAGUCUUGUGGCCCAGCUCCCUGAGUUCACCGAGGCAGAGAAGCAACUCCUGAAAGGCUCUGCUGAUUUUCUGGGUCUGUCUCAUUACACUUCUCGCCUUAUCAGCACGGCCCAACAAGAUUCCUGCAUCCCUAGCUAUGACACCAUUGGAGGCUUUUCCCAACAUGUGGACCCUGCAUGGCCUCAGACCUCAUCCCCUUGGAUUUAUGUGGUGCCCUGGGGUAUAAGGAGGCUAUUGCAGUUUGUAUCGUUGGAAUACACAAGAGGAAAAGUUCCGAUCUACCUGGCUGGGAAUGGCAUGCCCAUAGGGGAGACUGAAGAUCUCCUUGAGGAUUCCUUGAGAGUAGACUACUUCAAUAAAUAUAUCAAUGAGGUGCUCAAAGCUAUCAAGGAGGACUUAGUGGAUGUUCGAUCUUACAUCACUCGUGCCCUCAUGGAUGGCUUUGAAGGCCCCUUUGGUUACAGCCAGAGGUUUGGACUGUAUCAUGUCAACUUCAAUGACAGCAGCAAGCCAAGGACUCCCAGGAAAUCUGCCUACUUUUUCACCAGCAUCAUUGAAAAGAACGGUUUCCUCCCCAAGGCCGUAAAGAGACUGCCACCACCCAGUAUAGCAAACUUCCCACGUAAAAUCAGAGCCUUCACUUUUCCGUCUGAUGUGCCCUCCAAAGCUAAAGUAGUUUGGGAAAAGUUCUCCAACCAACCCAAGUUUGAAAGAGAUUUGUUCUACCAUGGUACUUUCAGAGAGGACUUUCUCUGGGGCGUGUCCUCAUCAGCCUAUCAGAUUGAAGGAGCUUGGAAUGCUGAUGGCAAAGGCCCCAGCAUCUGGGAUAACUUCACCCACACACCAGGGAGCAAUGUGAAAGGGAAUGCCACUGGAGACAUCGCCUGUGACAGCUAUAACCAACUGGAUGCCGAUCUGAAUAUGCUUCGAGCUUUGAAGGUGAAGGCCUAUCGCUUCUCUAUCUCCUGGUCUCGGAUUUUCCCAACAGGGAGAAACAGUUCUAUCAACAGACACGGUGUUGAUUAUUACAACAGGCUGAUCAAUGGCUUGGUGGCAAGCAACAUCUCUCCCAUGGUGACACUGUUCCACUGGGACCUGCCCCAGGCCCUCCAGGAUAUUGGAGGCUGGGAAAAUCCUUCCUUGAUUGAGUUGUUUAACAGCUAUGCAGAUUUUUGUUUCCAGACCUUUGGGGACAGAGUCAAGUUCUGGAUGACCUUUAAUGAGCCCACAUACCAGGCAUGGUUGGGUUAUGGCUCAGGGGAUUUUCCUCCAAAGGUGAAAGACCCAGGCUGGGGACCUUACAGAAUUGGCCAUGCAAUCAUCAAAGCUCAUGCCAGAGUAUAUCACACUUACGAUGAGAAAUACAGGCGGGAACAGAAGGGGGUCAUCUCUUUGAGCCUCAGUGCACACUGGGCAGAGCCCAAGUCCCCUGAGAUCCCGAGGGAUGUGGAGGCAGCUGACCGAAUGCUGCAGUUCUCACUGGGCUGGUUUGCCCACCCCAUUUUCCGAAACGGAGACUAUCCCGAUGCCAUGAAGUGGAAAGUGGGGAACAGGAGUGAGCUUCAACACUUAGCCACCUCCCGCCUGCCAAGCUUCACUGAGGAAGAGAAGAGGUACAUCAGGGCCACAGCUGACGUGUUCUGCCUCAACACCUACUCCUCCAGAAUUGUGCAGCACAAAACACCCAGGUUAAACCCACCCUCCUAUGAAGAUGACCAGGAGACAACCAAGGAGGAGGACCCUUCAUGGCCUUCCACAGCAAUAAACAGAGCUGCACCCUGGGGGACACGAAGACUGCUCAACUGGAUCAAGGAAGAGUAUGGUGACAUACCCAUUUACAUCACUGAAAAUGGAGUGGGGCUGACAAAUCCAAAAGUGGAAGAUACUGAUAGGAUAUUUUACCACAAAACCUACAUCAAUGAAGCUUUGAAAGCCUACCGACUUGAUGGUGUAGACCUUCGAGGGUAUUCUGCAUGGUCUCUGAUGGACAACUUUGAGUGGCUGAAUGGCUACACAGUCAAGUUUGGACUGUACCAUGUUGAUUUCAAUAACACGAACAGGCCUCGCACAGCAAGAGCCUCCGCCAGGUACUACACAGAGGUCAUCACCAACAACGGCAUGCCACUGCCCAGGGAAGAUGAGUUUGUCUAUGGACAGUUUCCCGAGGGCUUCAUCUGGAGUGCAGCUUCCGCCGCAUAUCAGAUCGAAGGUGCGUGGAGAGCAGAUGGCAAAGGACUCAGUAUUUGGGACACAUUUUCUCACACACCGCUGAAGGUUGGAAAUGAUGACACCGGAGAUGUGGCCUGUGACAGUUAUCACAAGAUUGCUGAGGAUGUGGUUGCCCUGCAGAACUUGGCUGUCUCCCACUAUCGCUUCUCCAUCUCCUGGUCUCGUAUCCUCCCGGAUGGAACCACAAAAUAUAUCAAUGAAGCAGGCCUCAACUACUACGUGCGGCUCAUUGACGCGCUGCUGGCUGCCAACAUCAAGCCCCAGGUGACCAUUUAUCACUGGGACCUGCCCCAGGCACUCCAGGACGUUGGAGGCUGGGAGAAUGACACCAUUGUGCAGCGGUUUAAAGAGUAUGCAGAUGUGCUCUUCCGGAGGCUGGGAGACAAGGUGAAGUUUUGGAUCACUCUGAAUGAGCCCUUUGUCAUCGCUAACCAGGGCUAUGGCUACGGGACAUCAGCUCCAGGAAUCUCCUUUAGGCCUGGCACUGCCCCCUACAUUGUUGGCCACAACCUAAUAAAGGCUCAUGCUGAGGCCUGGCAUCUGUACAAUGAUGUGUACCGUGCCAGUCAAGGUGGUGUGAUUUCCAUCACCAUCAACAGCGAUUGGGCUGAGCCCAGAGACCCUUCCAACCAGGAGGAUGUGGAGGCAGCCAGGAGAUACGUUCAGUUCAUGGGAGGCUGGUUUGCACAUCCUAUUUUCAAGAAUGGUGAUUACAACGAGGUGAUGAAGACACGGAUCCGUGACAGGAGCUUGGCCGCAGGCCUCAGCAAGUCUCGGCUCCCAGAGUUCACGGAAAGUGAGAAGAGGAGGAUCAAUGGCACUUAUGACUUUUUUGGAUUCAAUCACUACACCACCGUCCUGGCCUACAACCUUGACUAUGCCUCUUGGAUCUCUUCCUUUGAUGCAGACAGAGGAGUUGCCUCCAUCACAGAUCGUUCUUGGCCAGACUCUGGCUCCUUCUGGUUGAAGGUGACACCUUUUGGCUUUAGGAAGAUACUGAACUGGAUAAAGGAGGAGUACAACAACCCCCUAAUUUACGUAACAGAGAAUGGAGUGUCUCAACGUGGAGAAACUGACCUCAACGACACUCUAAGGAUCUUCUACCUCCGCAGUUACAUCAAUGAGGCGCUCAAAGCAGCUGUGCAGGAUAAGGUGGACCUUCGAGGAUACACGGUUUGGAGUGUGAUGGACAAUUUUGAGUGGGCCACAGGCUUCGCAGAGAGGUUUGGUCUGCAUUUUGUGAACUACACGGACCCUUCUCUGCCAAGGAUCCCAAAAGCAUCAGCCAAGCUCUUCGCCUCUAUAGUCCGGUGCAACGGCUUCCCUAACCCUGCAGCGGGGCCACACCCUUGUCUCCAGCCAGAAGAUGCUGGACCUACCGUCAGCCCCAUGCAGGAGGAGGAAGUUCAAUUCCUGGGGUUAACACUAGGUGUGACGGAAGCCCAAACAGCUUUGUAUGUACUCUUUUCUCUUGUGAUUCUUGGCGUCUGCUGUGUGACAUUUCUGUCAUACAAGUACUGUAAGCGCUCCAAGCAAGGGAAAACACAACCAGGCCAACAGGAAUUGAACACUCUUUCUGCAUUCUGACCCAUGAGUUCCCACCUACUCCAGUUCUGCAAAACAAAUCUAGUUUGUAUGCCUUCGCUGCCCACAAAACUCCCUAGGAUCUUCUGCCCACAGCAGACUUCUUCAUGAAGGCCUUCUGCACUGUUGGAGACUAAUCUUGAAGGCUCUCCAGUCCCUAAUGAAAAUGGAAAUAUCUGCAUCCUGUCCCAGUAUCAGGAAUUCAUUAAGGUAUUGAAGACCCUGAGCCAUGCAGAGGUGCAGGCACUGAACUCAUCUGGUGGGUCUGUGAGCCACUUAAUUUAACUGGGCUGUUUUAAGGUUCAGAAACUUUAAAGGUGGAAAUAUGAGUAAAAACUAGAGCAGUCCUUUAAACAAAAAAUCAACUCCACUGUGUAGAUGGACUCCAAUGUCAUCUCCUGCCCUGUCUUCAGACUCCCUCUCAGCCUCAUACCUUGUGUUGCUCAGAAAAGAAAAAUGGUACUGUGAGCUGUGUCCUAGGUCCUAUGGCUGCUUCUCCUUGAGAGGGGAGGUUCUCCUUGAGAGAGAAGGUAUGCAGUCACACAAGCUCUCUGGGGCUUCUAAGCUUUUCCACCAGAUCAAGGCUUUCUGCUUACAUUAUAUAUUCCACUGGCAGAGACCCUAACAUACAAAAAAAGAUGACCUCUGAAUGAUCCUUUAUCCCCAUCAUAGCCACCUUUUUGUCUUUCUUGUCUCUCCCCUGUCCAGGACUACUUCUAAGGACCCAAGUAUGGCUUACAAGGCCCAGGUGAUCUGCCCUCAGUUCACUUAGCCUGUUUCCUUUCUUCCUCUCUCAAUCUGUGAUAAUUCUGAACCUCGUGUAAGUCCUUGACUAGCUCAUCUUCCUUUGUGUAUUUGCAAAUAGCAUUCUUCUCCCUAGGAUGCCCUUUCUCCUGAAAUGCCUUCAAGUCUCAGUGCAAAUAAUGCAUUUUUCCCUCAGCACAGCUUCCCUGAAUCCCCAAAACACUUCUCCCUUUACUUGGCUUGUAAAUACACCCUAUUACAGCUAGUCCAUGUUAUGCUGGAGAUGGAUAUUUCUCUACUCUCAGCUUCUUGAGGAUAAAGGACCAUGUCUCACUGUCUCUAGCAAGCACAUUUUGGAGAUCAGGCAUAGAAAGCACACCUGAUCCUUUUGUGUGUUUAUUUACAAAACACACCCAGAGUAGUGGUGGGAGUACAGGAAGAUGUGGUCUUUAUCAGUUCCCCUCAAAUAUGCUAAUAAUAAUAAGAUAAUCUCAGUAUAGAAUAUUUUAAAACCUAUUUGGUCUAUACAUUCUUUCUAGAUAUCUUGGAGAAUGCUAUUUAAAAAUAAAAUGUGGUUUUCAACUAGAUUUAAAAAAGUGAUUACGGGAUGGCCUGGCUGGCUUGGUCGGUAGAGCAUGCAACUCUUGAUCUCAGGGUCAUGAGUUGAGCCCCACAUGUGGGGUGGGGUCUACUUUAAAUAAAUAAAUAAAUAAAUAAAUAAAUAAGUAAGUAAGUAAUCAUACCUGAAAUUUUGUUUCUUGUAGGCAUUCUUUCCCUGAAUUUGGUGUAUCCGUAGAAAAUUCCUAUCCAAUGUUUCACUGCCAGGGGCCCCAACCUGACAAUUUGUGGUAUACAAGCAUUUUUCUCCGAGGGUAAAGACGGUUCUAAAACUGAUAUUAAAAAUACUUCUUAGGCAGAAAGACUCAGUAUUAUAUAAGUGGUCAAUUAUAUCUAAAUCUUAAAUUCAGUGUUACUUUUUUGGGGACAAAAAAUGUAUAAAGAGCCAGAAUAAUCUGGGCAAAAAAAGAAUACCAAAACAUUAUGAAGUUAGUUGUCAAAAACAGCUUGGUAGCAGAGGGAGAAAAGAAAAGAGCAACAAAAGAAGAGAGUAUAUAAUAAACCAACUACAUGUGAGCAUUAAGUACAUGACAACGAUGGCAUGCCACAUUAGGGGGGGAAAUGGGAGUAGUUCAUAAAUGGUGGUGGGGUCAAGAGGUUAGCUCCUGAGGAUGUUAGCCACAGGGAAGGCUAGGAGAAUACUAGGACAGCUGGGUGAUUUUUUUUAAAUUAAUUUUUAAAGAAAGGUAUUGAUAAGCAAGACUUAGGACCCAGAGACCAUCAAGAAAAACACCCAUAAAUCUGAUCACAUGAAUAUUGUGGCAAAAACUUAACAACCAACAUACUCGUCAAAAGAUAAAAGAGGGAAUAAUAUUUAUAGCAUAUGCUAGACAAAGGGCUAUUUUUCCUUAUAUACACGGAAUUUUUAAAAAUCAAUGAAGAUGAAAAAAUAAAAAUUGGCAAAUACAGGCAUUUCUCAGAAAAUUAAAGUAACCAAUAUUAAAAGAUGUCCCACCUCAUUUGUGAUCAACACAAUGCAUAUAAUUUUUCAUCUACCACGGAUAAAGAUGAAAAAGUGUAACAGUGUUGGUAAGAAUGUGGGGAAAUCAACAUUCUCAGUCACUGCUGAUGGGAGGCUAAAUUCCAAGAACCUUAAAAGGAGGCAAUCUGGCAGCAUCACUUACAAUUCAAAAUUGCAAAUACUCAAUGACUCAAUUAUCCAAACAUAUCCUACAGAUAUAUUUUCACAGCUAAGAAGGCAGAUACCGUCCCAAAGAUGCUCACUAUAGCAAUAUUUCUAAUAGAAAAACAAAAACAAAACCCUGUAAUAACUAAUGGAUGCCACCAGAAAAUGGAUGGUUAAGUUAGCGUAUAUUUAUAAGUAAGCUGCUACGCAGCCAUUAAUAAUGAGAAUGAGGUAGUUAUGUGUUGAUAGGGAAAAGAUCUUCACGACUGUGUAAGUAAAGGAGCAAGAUACAGAACAUAUAAUAUUGUUACAAAAUAAAGAUCACAUUAUUUGCUUGUAUAUGCAUAAAGCUUUUCUGUAGAUUACAAAAUGUGACUAGAGGUUACCUCUUGGGAAUAGGACUGGGGGUAAGAUGCAAGGAAAGAUACUACAUUUUCAUCUUACAGCCUUCUAUAUACUGUUUUGAAUUUUUUUACCAAAUACACUUUUUAAAAUAUAAAACUGAGGAGGGAUCCUCCUACUCAAAGAUAAUGAACCAUUCUUUUAUGUGUUUCUCUGAGAUGUAUAUUGAACUUUUUUCAAGGCAAACUGACCUGAGAUACUCCAAGUUUCUACAAGUAUAUUUCUAAUAGUUACUAGCAGGGUCACACCCAUUUGAAAGAUUUUGGUUUUUUAAAAUCACGUAUUGCUAUAUAUUAAGAUUACAAACCUUUACUCCAAUGGGAUGCUUAGUGGAAAUUUUUCUUUUUUCAAACUCACUUUUUAAGUUAUGCAAGUAAUACGAUCAUUGCAGAAAAUCAGAAAAUCAUGAAAACCUACUAGGGUGCAAAAAGAAUUAAAAGCACAUAGAACACUCCUACUAUUGUUAAUGUUUGGCUGUUUUCUUUACAUUAUGUUAAUACGUGUACUGUCUAUUUCAAAGCUGAGAUCACAACAUACCUACAACUCUGUAUUCUGCUGUUUUCUCCUAACACAUAACAGGUACUCAAUGACUAUACAGAUGUUACACUGAAUUGAUAAAUACUGUACCAUUUAUCCUUAUCAAAAGUUAAUUAUUUCUGCACAAGGCAUUUAGUUGGUAUAAGACUUAAUGAGUAUGUUUCUACCUAAACUUUGUCUACAUUUAUGAUCAUUCCUUAGAAAAACUGAUCAAGGAAUUUGAAACAUUUAAGGUGCCGAUGUUUUCCAGAAAGUGUAUAACCAGUCUUCAUUCUUCCCAACAUGACUGCCUGGCUGUUUCCUUGACAACAGUAUUACCAUUUUUACAAUUCACUGUAUUUCAUAGGUAAAAAACAAAAUUUUCUAAGAAUAUUUCUUCCUCCCAUUACAAAAUUAAGUCAGUCUGUAUCUUCACUCAAAAGCACUGCCUUCUAGUCUAAAAAUGGAAGGUUAAAAAAAGAACUGUCAAGUUUACUCUCUUUUUCAAAUAUCAUGAAUUUAGUGCUCUCUAAUACCAAAAACAUAGGGAGGAAUUAUCAUAUAAGUCAGGUUAAGAAUCUCUUUAAAAUUCUGGGGCGCCUCGGUGGCUCAGUCGGUUAAGUGUCCAACGUUGGCUCAGGUCAUAAUCUUGCAGUUCGUGAGUUUGAGCCCCAUGUCAGGCUCUGCACUGACAGCUUGGAGCCUGGAGCCUGCUUUGGAUGCUGUGUCUCCCUCUUUCCACCCCUCCCCGGCUCACUCUCUCCCUCAAAAAUAAACAUUAAACAAACAAACAAAAAAAGAAUCUCUUUAAAAUUCUUAAGAAUAACCAGGGGUGCCUGUGUGGCUCAUUUCGGUUGAACUUCCACCUCUUGAUUUUGGCUCAGGUCAUGUUCUCACAAUUCAUGGGUUCAAGCUCCCAUGUCAGGCUCUGCAUUGAUAGCAUGGAGCCUGUGUCUGUGGGAAUUCUCUGUCUCCCUCUCUCUGCUACUCCCCCACUCACUUGUGUGUACACUUACUCACAAAUAAACGUAAAAAAAGAUUUUAAAAAAUUCUUAAGAAUAACUAAAUGAGGGGUGCCUGGGUGGUUGGCUCAGCUGGACCUCUCAAUUUCAGCUCAGGUCAUGAUCUCAUGGUUUGUUGGAUGGAGCCUCAUGUGGGGUGUCUGUGAUGACACCACAGAGCCUGUUUGGGAUCCUCUCUCUUUCUCUCUGCCACUCCCCCAAUCAUGCUCAUUCUCUCUCAAAAUAAAUAAACUUAAAAAAAAAAAAACUGAGGAAAAGGCCUAUCUUUAUUCCAUACUUCUUGUCCUACAUAGGUACUUUAGAUCUGUGAAAUUUGUCCAGAGCAAAACUUCACAAUAAAGGUGAGAGACUAGUUGUAAUUUAAGAGCUGUUUUGCAUCUGAUGAGAACAUGGAAGGUAACAUUAAGCAAACAACGUGAUGGCUCACUGACAGGAUGGACACUAACACGGCAUCAACAUUUAUCAGAAAAUUUCUUCCUUCACUGAUAAUUAAAGUAGGGUGGUCACAGCUACUUUCCCGACUUAGCUCCAGGGCAGUACUGGAGGGAAAAACUCACACACGUGACCUCAAGAGAUCCCUACAUGACAAAAAGAUGCCAAGAUACCAAAACUUAAAGCAAAACUAAAAUCAUUUCGAUUUUUGGAAAAGAUUUUUUUAUUCAGUGUUUAAGAUUAAAAACUACAAGAUUUUGCUUGCAGCUGAUGAGCAAAAAGAGAAAAAUUAAACAUAAAUUAUCAUCUGAUUGACUAGUUAAAAUGUUCUGACCCAGAGUCAAAUUACUCAGUGACAUACCAGUUACUUGGUGUGGACUUAGAAGUUCUGGAGCAAAACAGCUUUAAACAAAACGCAUCAUCUGACAGCAUAGGGCUAAUGGGUAUAUGAAAUACUGAGUAAGAAAGCUGAUAAAGGGAGGCUGUGGCAGACCUUUUGAUUCUUUUAGGCUUCUAGCAGUUGGUUACCAUACGCAAGGACAGUUAUUUCAUCUCCUGACUUGUCUGAGGAGUUAAACAACUUUAACCCACUAAGCAGGGAUAGAGAGACACUUUAUAGACCAGUUGGAAAAGGAAAAAGCAGUCCACUUCUCCAGUAGAAUUUUAGUUGAAUUAAAUCAUAAGAGAAACAAUGAUUAUUGCACAUACAGUACUUGUCACACUACAUCUGUUGAGUAGAGUUUCCAUUCCAAGUGUUGUUUUCAUCUUCACCAUCAUCUUGAGUCCUCAAUCUGUAGAUCUUCCCCUCCUUUUUAAAAUCUUCUCCCCGUUUCUCCAGCACUCUUUUCCUGACUGGUUCCCUAAUGUAAGAGGGACAAAAGAGAAGGCAAAAUGAAAGUGAAAACAACAGUAAUACAAAACUGUUUCCUUUAAACUUCCAUUAGUACAGGCAGCUGUAUUUUAAGGAAAGUCCAUGGGAGCUGAAAAAAUAAUUUUAAAGAACAAAAAUAAAAGCCCACACAGCAAGCUGUGCUACAUAAUAGUAAUUCAGGAUUAAAUGGUUCUACCCAUUGCUCAGUAACAGUUCUAAAAGUCAGGACUAAUAAGACCUAGUCUGAAUGCUGUUCCCAGUCUAGAGAAGGACUUCCCGGUAUCCACAUUUGAGUGAUGUAUUAAGGAUAUAACUGGUCUUUCUAAUAGUUAUAACAGAAACUAAGAUAAAGGCUGAAUCAGCCCAAUGCCAGUAUUUACAUAAAUCUUCAUCUAGAGAGUCAACAGGACAUGAGACUAAGGAUUCUCCUUACUGAUGGCACACAGAGGCAAGGAUUUUCAUUACUAAUUACAGAGGGUUGGCGCAUUUGCUAUAAUGCCUAUUAAUGGCUUAACAGUAUAGUGUUUAAGAACAAGAGAUAGUAAUUAUAAUAAAUCAUGCUAUAACUUACUAGAAAAGCUAUAAUCCCAACUUCUAGGAAAAUAUUUCCUGUUAACCUGCUUCAAAUAUGCAGAAUCUUUAACAGAGAUAUAAGCUAAAACCAUCAGUGGUUAGAAUUACCAUUCUAACCCUGGCCAUCAGCAAUAAAAAGUAAAGCCUCCUGGUUAAGGGACUAGUUGAAAAUAAUUCUCUGAAGAAGGGACUGUUUUCAAGUGAAUACCAUUUCCUCAGUUUGAUUUUUCUCUGAAUGACCCAGAGAAGACAGGGAGCAGAUCAAAGAACCACCAGGGCUUAAAAUUAUCUGAAGCACAAUGACACCUCUAAAAAAACAAUGUAUGAGGAGCACCAGAGUGGCUCAGUCAGUUAAGCUUCCAACUCUUGAUUUUGGCUCAGGUCAUGAUUUCGUGGUGGUGAGAAUGAACCCUGCAUUGGGCUCUGUGUUGGGUAUGGAUUCUCUCCCCCUCUGCCCCUUCCCCGUUUGUGCUGUCUCUCUCUUUCUC